AUGUUCAAGUCUUUUUUAUUCAACUCAAUUUUUUAUAAAUUUCUUCGAUAAUUCAUUUUAAAAAAUCAAUUGAUUAUCUGCAUAAAUAAGAAUUUUCUAAAAAUAUAUAAAACUUUUUAUNAUUAUAAUAAUUAGACCAUCAAAAUUAGAUGGUAGUGAUGCUACACUAACAUUUAUUUUAGAAUGGUCUUGGUCCUACACAGGUACCUAACCAACAACGAGUGCAAACUUAUACACAAUUGAUAAAGUUGAAAUGAAUAACUUUGUUUCAUAAGGCUCAGCUAAUUGUAAUACAUCAACCAAGAAAUGUACUAAAUCUAUUAGUUCUUUAUAAACUACUGCAGCAUAUGUAAUUGCUGAAUCAUCAUUUACUACAUAAAGUGCAGGAAGCAGAUAUUACACAAGAUGCAGGUUAGGACGUUUCACUUGGGGUGGAAGUAGUUGUACUUGAG